AACAAUAUUUCCUUCGAAAGAAGCUGACCAAGAUGAUGAACAUGAAGAUGUUGGCCAGUGGAACUAGGCCGCAAUUGGGUAAGCUUCAUACCUUAAUUACCCACUCAGGAUGGCGGGAAAGAACUUCUCUGGUACAACGGAUCAUGAUAUCAGCACACUUCAGCACUCUUUGCCACCCACCCACCUGAACACGGGAUCACCGUUGAGAGGGAGGCUGGAGGUUACAAGUAAGGUGGCUAAAGAUACCGG